AUGGAUGAAGUACAAAAGAAGGUGCAAGCUGUAUCUGCGUUAUCUCUCAGUACUGAUGGUUGGACGUCGAGGAAUAAUGAAAGCUAUAUAGCCAUUGUAGCCCACUUUAUAGAUAAAGAGGCUAAACUUCAGUCAGCAUUACUUGGUUGUAUUAAUUAUAAAGAGCGGCAUACCAGCCAAAACUUGUGCAAUUUCAUGAUAGACGUUAUGACAGACUGGCAUAUUUCCCACAAAGUUGCUGCUAUUGUUAGCGAUAAUGCUGCAAAUAUUUUAUCUGCUGUCAGACUUGUUGAGUGGCGAUCAGUCUCAAGUUUCGCCCAAUCUCUAAAUCUUGUUGUACAAGAAGCUACUAAAGAAAUAUCUGACUUUUGGCGCAAGUUAAAAAUAUUGUCAAAAUCUUAG